AUGGUUAAUUCUAAGUUAAAUCAUUCGGAAGAUGAUGACGUUCAAGAAAAUUUUAUUCCUUCUUUGAAUCAGGGAACUUUGAAAAAGUUGGUUCAGAUUAUACAAGCUAUUCAGCACAAGGAUAAUAGUACUCAACAUUUCGGUGAAUAUUUGUUUGAAGCAAAGAAUUUAGAUUCUGUAGUGAAACUUGCUGACCAUAAGAAGUUAGUGAAGUAUGAUGGAACUAAUUCAAAGGUUGCUUUUAAGAUAUUUAGAGAAUUUAAACAGUCUUUAAGAGAGUUGUAUUCAAAUGAGAACCAGAUCAGAGAGUAUUUGACAGCAACUCAAGUUCGAGUUUGUGCUAGUUUGUAUUUUGAGAAGGAUGGUGCUAAAUUUAUUGAUGACAAGUUGAUGCUGUUGGAAAGUAAUAAGGUGAAGGUUGAUGAUUUGCUUCAGAUGAUCGAGAAACGAAUGGUCAAAGAGCAUUUAUUGUUUGAUUUGAUUGCAGAGUUAGUAUCAUUUAAGCAGGAAACAGAUUAUGCAACUUAUAGAACAAAGUUUUUAGAGUUGGUAGAUCUUUUACCUUAUCCUACAACACAACGAGAAGCUUGGUUUAUGAAUCAAGUGAAGAAUUAUUUGCAGAUGCUUUUUGUUAGAAAUGCUCAUGAAAGUAUUUACAGCACACUUCAGUUGGAAAUUAAAUCGUUAGAUGAUAUUGCUAAGUUUACUCCUCCAUCUCAUGUUUUGAAGUCUUCUAAUACAGCAGUUCAAGCUAAGUAUGGAAAGAAGCAUUCUUUAGAACAAGAGUUAGAACAAGAUGAUCAGGAUAAAGUGCAGGAGAAACGGUUUAAGACUGGUUGUUUUGUCUGUGGAGAUACAGGGCAUUUUAAAGGUGAUUGUCCGGUAGUGGCAGGUGCAGAUAACGAAACUGAUGAGGAUGAGUUAAGUUUAGUUUCAGACUCGGAGGUUUCAGAAUUAGAAGUAGGUAGUGAAACGGAUGAGGAUGAGUCGAGGUCAGUUUUAGACUCGGAGGGUUCAGAAUCAGAAGUUUCGGGCUCAGAGGUAUCGAGUGUUUCAUCAGUUGAAGAUUCAGGUUCAGAAUUGGAAGAAUCCGAAACAUUGUCAGAAGAAGAUAGUGAUUAG